AUGAAUGAGCCUUCAACUUUACUCGAUUCGUACGAUUUGAAAUGUUUGAUUUGCUCGAAAUCCGCGCAAGGUUUUCGUUUUGGAAUUCAGUCGUGUAGAGCGUGUGCUGCAUUCUUCAGGUUAAUUGAUUUUUUGAACACUCGUGGUGUUGUAAUAUAUGUUAAAAUAUAUUUUUUCAGACGAACAACAGUUUUGAAUCGAAAAUAUAAAUGCGUGAAGAGAAAGGGAAAUUGUGAUUUGAAUUCGGAAGAAAAAUUGAGCUGCAGAUAUUGUAGAUUGAAGAAAUGCGUGGAUCUUGGAAUGACUACUGAAAGUUUGUGAUUUUUCUUUCUUCCUUAAACAGCCGUGUAUGUCAAUUUUUGUCCAAAAUUUUUUUCCCAAACUUCAGAUAAUUUUUCAAUAGAAAUUUGUGGAAAAAAGAUUCAAAAAACUUGAGAAUUAAAAAUUUCGGCUCUAUCGCAAUAUAUGGGUCCCAUGGAAAUAUAUGGGUCCGUAAAAAAUAUAGGGGUCCGAAAAAACAUAUAAGGGUCCCUCAGAAAUAUAAGGGUCCGUAAAUUUUUUUAUGGGUCCCAAAAAAAUAAAAGGGUCCGUGAUUUUUUUCAUAGGUCUGAUUUUUUUGAUUUUUGGAGCAAAAUAUGUGUGGUUUUUUAAAUUUUCAAGUGUUUUGUUGUAUUUUUCUUGAUUUUUUGACGAUUCUUUGUAUUUUCGGGGGGUUUACUAAGCCUAAGCCUAAUUAUGAAGCUGAAAAGCCAAAAAUAGAGUUACCAGAGGAUUCAAAAUUUCUCUAUUAUUUUAGGCUUAGGCUUAGUAAACCCCUAGAAAAAUACUGACUGGCUAAAAAAAAUGUGAAAAAAUUACAAAAAAUCACCAAAAAUAAAUAAUUGAAAUUAGAAAAAAUACUUUUUUUAUGGACCCUCAAAAAAAAUAACGGACCCUUAUAUUUUUUUGGGACCCAUAAAAAAAUUCACGGACCCUUAUAUUUCUGAGGGACCCUUAAAUGUUUUUACGGACCCAUAUAUUUCCAUGGGACCCAUAUAUUGCGAUAGAGCCAAUUGUUCAAAUAUUCAGAUGUUCGACUCGAAGAAACCGCUGAAAUUGUCAUUUCCACCUCACAAUCAGAAACAACAAAACGACGAAUUCGAGAUCCUCCAACAAUUGUCGAUGUUUCACAAAUCAUCAAGAAGAGUCGAAAUAUUCUGGAAAUGUAUUAUCUUCCUGAUGACGAUCUCUAUAAACAUCUGAAUCCUCUUCAAAAAUUGGCAGAAGUUCUCAAAAAACAACGAGCUCCCCAGAAAACCGAUGUGAUAUUCAUUGAAAGUGUCAACUUUUUAGAGAUCUUUGAAUGUUGGGAGUUUCAAAUGAGUCAAACUGCCGAGUGGUUAAUGAAUGCGCAAGAAUUCAGGGAACUUCCCAAUCACGAGAAACUCGCAUUUUUCAAACUUGUUUGGGCAGUUUGGCGAAGAUUUGAAAGAUAUUCAAUGUCAGCAGAGGUUUUUGGGCAAAGAUCUUAUGAUGAAAAAAUAUUAUUGAGAUCUUAUGAUAAAGCUGCAAGAUUGGGAAAGUGUAGCGUGGAUUAUUCAGCGAUUACAAGUUUUUCAUCACCUCGAAUAGCUCAACUUUUUGGAGGAAAAAUGCUUGAAUAUUUCGAUGUUAUUGUUAAACCAUUUAUUGAUUUGAAGUUCAAUUCAAUUGAAACAUCUUAUAUGUUAGCACAGAUUUGCUGGAAUUAUGCGGCGAGAAGAUUGCAGGGACAAACUAUGGCCGCUUCGGAAAAGUUUUUAGCUGGAAUUGGAGACAAUUUACACACUUUUUAUCAAGAGGAGAAAAUUGAAAAUUAUGCGAUUAGAAUUACGAAAAUGAUGAAAAUUGUGAACUCAAUGCUUGUAAGUUUGAUGGGAUUGGAUACUGUAGAUUUGGGAAAAUUUUAAAUUGAGUCUAAUUUUCAAGAUGUCUAAAAUGAGAUCACCUUUUCUGAACAUUUUUGAAAAAAGUCCGAUUUUUUGAGAAAAAUUCUGAAAUUUGCAGUGUUCUGAAAAAUAUAGUGAAAAAUUUCAGACAAUCCAAUUAAAACAAGAGAGCACAAUGGAUGUUGCAAUGGUUUUCGAUUUUUUCAAUGUUCUAGUAACUGAUCCAGAUUUUUUUCGAGUUUAA